GGGGCCUUUUCCUCUUCGGAGGCCCAAGUGUUUGGAGUGGGGUUCGAGCUCUUCGCCCAGCAUGCCUCAGAACGAGUACAUCGAGUUACAUCGGAAACGAUAUGGCUAUCGCUUGGAUUACCAUGAGAAGAAAAGGAAAAAAGAGAGCCGUGAGGCUCAUGAGCGCUCAAAGAAAGCCAAGAAAAUGAUUGGCCUGAAAGCCAAGCUUUAUCACAAACAGCGCCAUGCAGAAAAGAUACAGAUGAAAAAGACCAUUAAAAUGCAUGAAAAGAGAAAUACCAAACAGAAGAAUGAUGAGAAGACUCCAGAAGGAGCUGUGCCGGCAUACCUGCUGGACAGAGAGGGUCAGUCUCGGGCAAAAGUUCUUUCCAACAUGAUCAAACAAAAGCGGAAAGAAAAAGCUGGAAAAUGGGAAGUUCCUAUACCCAAAGUCCGUGCCCAGGGAGAGACCGAAGUGCUCAAGGUGAUCCGUACCGGAAAGAGGAAGAAGAAGGCAUGGAAGAGAAUGGUUACCAAAGUGUGCUUUGUUGGGGAUGGCUUUACCCGCAAACCUCCAAAAUAUGAGCGAUUCAUUCGACCAAUGGGUUUACGAUUCAAGAAAGCUCAUGUAACACAUCCUGAACUCAAAGCCACUUUUUGCCUACCCAUCCUUGGUGUAAAAAAGAAUCCCUCUUCUCCCCUGUAUACAUCUUUGGGGGUCAUUACGAAAGGCACAGUCAUCGAGGUGAAUGUCAGUGAGCUCGGUCUUGUAACGCAAGGGGGCAAAGUAGUCUGGGGAAAGUAUGCACAAGUAACCAACAAUCCAGAAAAUGAUGGGUGCAUUAAUGCAGUUCUUCUUGUAUAAGAAGCAUGUUUCGCAUGCCACACUUUCCCAAGUGGGAGGAAGACUGCCUCAGACAAUUUGUAGAUAAAAAAACUUGUUAAAUUAUCAACAACUGAAGAUAAAGGACUGGCUUUUCUUUUUGCAUUACCAAAAAUAAAGGACACCAACUUGGACCAAA